AUGACACUAUUAACCGAGCUAGACCGCAUAGACAAAGCUACACAAUCGAUAGAAUCUUUUGGUUUUGAAACCCCGGGGAUGUUUACCAAUGCUAUAGUUAAUCCACCACCGAUUCAAUCACUAUUACGAGAUCCCACACCUGACGAACGACGAUUGUAUAAAGUUAUCAAUGCAACCACAACGACACCAUUAUCAUUAUCAUCAAACCAGACGAGUCUAGAUGAUCCCAAAGUGGAGCGGGUUGAUGGAAAAUCAAUGUAUCUCGAACAUGAUUUUGAUGAUCCAUCAUUUAUUCUGAUGAAUGAGUCGGAGAAUGUUGAUUAUGAACAACCAAUAGUUAGGCUACCCACAUUAUAUCGACCUGAUCGAUUUUCUGGCAGUAUUGAGGUUCAGUUUAAAGAGAGUGACAAUUUGCAUGAGUCAUUUGAGGAUUUUAUUGCUGUGGUUGAUAAAUAUCCCAAUUUGAUUGAAGAUUACGAUGUAAUCAGGAGUAAAGUAGAGCAUUUGCGCCAGGAAUUCGUUCACGUUAGUAAUGAAAUUGAAGGUAUGGAAAAGGAGUUGGCCAAUGCAAAACAAGCUUUGUGGACGGAGUUCAAGGUUCCCACUGACCAUGUUGUGAGUAGCGGUGAAUUGAUUGAUCUUGACGCGGAAAUACAAAAAGAAGAAAUCAAGAUUAGACAGUUGCAAGCUACUUUAGACAAAAGGGUGUGA